AUAAACUCAGGUAGACAAUACACGUACAUGUAGAUACCUUCCUGCGUCAGUUGCAGUAGCGGCGUCAGAGGCGGAGAUAAAUCAACAACCGCUACACCUUUGAACCCGGCAAACAACGGUGCUCGCCAUCAGAAUGAAAGUUUCACUGGCUGAAGUUUUUUCCUUGUGGCUGAAAGUAAUAUUCUGCUAUCUGGAAUCUCUGUACCACGUGGUUGUCCCGCAUCCUAGACAAGAUGUCCGCGGAAAGAAAGUGCUAAUUACCGGUGCUGGACACGGCAUUGGCCGGGAACUGUCACUGGAGUUUGCCCGCCUCGGAGCGUCGCUCAUACUGUGGGAUAUCAACAAGGAGAACAAUGAAGGAACGGCUGAUGAAGUCCGUCAUAUUGGUGCCACAGUCCACACCUACAUCUGUGACGUCACCUCCACCGACGACGUACACAACACUGCCGACCGUGUGCGGAGGGAGGUGGGCAACGUGGACAUCUUGGUCAACAACGCCGGCAUCCUGUACGGUGGGCCGGUUCUCGACAUGCAGGAGAAGCAUAUCCGUCGCACAUUUGAAGUGAACACCUUAGCUCAUUUCUGGACAGUUCGCGAGUUCCUGCCAGCCAUGCUGGAGGCUGACAGUGGCAUCAUCGUCAACAUCUCCUCCGGCACCGCCAAGUCAGGAACAGCGUUCCUCGUUGACUACAGCUCGUCCAAGUAUGCUGUAUUCGGCUUCACAGAGGCCCUGAGGGAGGAGAUUGACCGACUGGGGAAGCCGGGGGUGCAGACCACCGUGGUCUGUCCCAGCUUCGUGGACACAGGACUAUGUAAAUACCCGAAGGACAGGUUCAACCCCAUCUUGACCCCUAAGGAAACUGCCCUUGGUACUAUUGACGGGAUGCUGAGAGGGGAGAACGUCGUGUAUGUGCCGAGGAGACUCGGUGUUCUGGUCAGGCUAGGCGCGCUGAUGCCGGAGACGCUGAAGCCGCUGCUGAAACAGUUCUCUCAAAUCGGAAUCGAUCCCCAAUACGACGUCAAACAAGACUAAGCUGAUGGAUCUUGACCAGUGACCAGUGCUUGGCUGUAGCAAACAGCAGGUUAAUUAGUGGACUCACCUUCAGAUUGAUUUAACCUCCAAGUACCAAUUAUAUCGAAUCAAAUUAUUUUCAGUAAUUUGUUUCUGAAUUUAAAAUCAUUUCUUGUAAUGUGUUCAAAGUCAGACUUUACCUGGAAAAUCGGUCUAAGAUAGGUGAGAUAUGAUGUCAUUGAUGGCCAGUCGCUGUGAGGAGAGACUGAAUAUUAUUUUACAGCGCAGUCAGCAUUAGCACACCUGUAUCAGGGCGGCCCACACCAAGUUACUUAUUGUGAACACCCUAUAUUAAUAAACCAGCUGUUACAAGCA